UCAAUACACGAUACGGUUUGACAAGUUGACGCAAUGAUUGCGCAACCAAAAGUUCGUCAUUUCACUUAUCAUCAUUAAUCACGAUUCUCACGAUGAUAACAGAAGUCGGCGGUUGCCAUCACGGUAUGGUGGUGGUGGUAACAGCCAGAGAAUCAGCUGUUACACUACUGGUGGCGCUUACGUACACAAUUCGUUACGGGUGACCACCGCCUAUUGACGGAAGCAAAAUGCCUGUAGAGAUAGUUUGGCCUGCUGUAGGUGCAACUAUUCUUCCAAAUUUGGGAGGCUGGGCCGGCGGUUUAAUUACCACGAAAAAUAUCAAGCCGUGGUAUGAGACCUUGCGCAAACCGAAUUGGCGGCCGCCGAAUUGGGCAUUUGGCCCUGUCUGGACGACCCUCUACUGCGGCAUGGGUUACGCAUCUUACUUGGUUUGGCGCGACGGCGGGGGUUUCGAGGGUGACGCGAGGUAUCCCUUAAUAAGUUAUGGGAUAAAUAUUGGCUUGAAUUGGGCCUGGACUCCCAUCUUUUUCGGCGCGAAAAGCUUGAAAUGGAGUUUUUACGAAAUAUUGGUGUUAUUGGGCAGCACCGCAGUAACGACCGUUGCUUUCUUCAAAGUAAAUGAAACUGCUGGCUACUUGCUAAUACCAUAUUUGGCGUGGGGUACCUUGGCUACAGCUUUAAACUAUGUUAUCUAUAGAGAUAAUCCAGCUCCUGCAAUAGAGGGCAAGAAGGAUUAGAAUUGUACCAUCACAAAAUUGG